GGGCGCGCUCCAGCGCCGCCAUGUCGGCCUCGGCCUGCGAGCGGGUGCUCACAAAGCCGGAGGGCGUGGGCCGGAGGGGGAGCGCGGGGACGGCCGAGGGGGCCGGGCGUCCCGCCGAGAUGGCUGCGUCCCAGCCGGGGGGCAGCGCCGCGGGAUCGGUAACAUUCAAAGAUGUGACUAUGGCCUUUACCCAGAAGGAAUGGGAACAACUAGAUCCUGCUCAGAGGAGCCUGUAUAAGGAUGUGAUGCUGGAGAACUACAGCAAUCUUGCCUCAAUGGGGUAUCAAGCUCCCAAACCAGACAUGAUCUCCAAGUUGGAAAAAGGAGAAGAGCCAUGGUUGGGGAAGGGCAAAAGACUUCAACAAGGUGGUCCUGGUGAAAUAGCAAGAUCCAAGCAAAUAGGAACCAAUGGAAAUGGCGUCCAGCAAGAUAAUGACCAGCUAGCAAACCACCAGGAAUCUCAAAACAAACUCCUUAAGGAAGUUGCAUUCAAGAAGAAAAGUCUGACUAAGAAGAAAGGCCAUGAAUGUAGUUCACUGGGGGAAAAAAAUGUGAGUACAAAACAUGUUCCUUCAAAAAAAAAGCUUAAAGAUUCACAUGGAAAGAGUCUAAAACAAAAUUCAGACUUACCUGGUCAUAUAAGAAACUAUGCAAAAAAGAAACCUAGCGUAGCUAAAGAGCACAAGAAAUCAUUCAGCCAUAGCUUACCUGAUACAAAGAAAGACAAAAAUCAAACUGGAAAGAAACAAAAAUUAUCCAACCGUAGCUUAUCUAAUAAGCGUGACAAAACUCAAACUGGCAAGAAACAUGAGAAAUUAGCUCAUCCCAGCUCAUCCCAUACUAAACAGGACAAAAUUCAAACUGGAGAGAAACACGAGAAAUCGUCCAGCCAUAGCUCAUCUCCUACUAAAUGUGAAAAAACUCAGACUAAAGCAAAACCCUAUGAAUGUAAUCAAUGUGGGAAGGUUCUUAGCCAUAAACAAGGACUCAUUGACCAUCAGAGAAUUCAUACUGGGGAGAAACCAUAUGAAUGUAAUGAAUGUGGAAUAGCCUUUAGUCAAAAGUCACAUCUUGUUGUACAUCAGAGAACUCACACUGGAGAAAAACCAUAUGAAUGUAUUCAGUGUGGCAAAGCCCACAGUCAUAAACACGCCCUCACUGACCAUCUGAGAGUUCACACUGGGGAAAAGCCCUACAAAUGUACUGAAUGUGGGAAAACUUUUAGACACAGCUCAAACCUUAUUCAACAUGUGAGAUCUCAUACAGGUGAGAAGCCCUAUGAAUGUAAGGAAUGUGGAAAAUCCUUUAGGUAUAACUCAUCUCUUACUGAACAUGUGAGAACUCAUACAGGUGAAAUACCAUAUGAAUGUAAUGAGUGUGGAAAGGCUUUUAAGUAUAGCUCAUCUCUUACUAAACAUAUGAGAAUUCAUACAGGGGAGAAACCUUUUGAAUGUAAUGAAUGUGGGAAAGCUUUCAGCAAGAAGUCACACCUCAUUAUACAUCAAAGAACUCAUACUAAGGAGAAGCCCUAUAAAUGUAAUGAUUGUGGAAAAGCAUUUGGACAUAGCUCAUCUCUUACUUACCAUAUGAGAACUCAUACAGGUGAAAGUCCUUUUGAGUGUAAUCAAUGUGGGAAAGCCUUCAAACAAAUUGAAGGCCUUACUCAACAUCAGAGGGUUCAUACUGGGGAGAAACCCUAUGAAUGUAAUGAAUGUGGGAAAGCUUUUAGCCAAAAGUCACACCUCAUUGUUCAUCAGAGAACUCAUACUGGGGAGAAGCCUUUUGAAUGUAAUGAAUGUGGAAAGGCUUUCAAUGUGAAGUCACAACUUGUUAUACAUCAGAGAUCCCACACUGGAGAGAAACCCUAUGAAUGUAAUGAAUGUGGAAAAUCUUUCAAACAAAAUGCAUCCCUUACGAAACAUGUGAAAACUCAUUCAGAAGAAAAAUCGCAUGAGUGAAAUUAAUGUGAUAAAUCUUUUAACUCAAGUAAAGGUUUUAUUUAAACUUAGAAAUAUCCUGAAUCUUUUUUUUUAAGAUUUAUUUAUUUAUUCAUGAGACACACACACACACACACAGAGAGAUAGAGAGAGAGAGAGAGAGAGAGAGAGAGAGAGGCAGAGACACAGGCAGAGGGAGAAGUGGGCUCCAUGCAGGGAGCCUGAUGUGGGAUUUGAUUCCAGGCCUCCAGAAUCAUGCCCUGGGUUGAAGGCAUUGCUAAACUGCUAAGCCACCUGGGCUGCCUGAAGUAUCCUGAAUCUUAAGGAUGGUAGAAAAUCUUUAAUAAGAAGUCACACCUAGUUACACAUGAGAGAAUUUAAAAAUGAAUCUUAUGUAGAAGCAAUGGAUGGAGAGUUUAAACUUGAUACCAACCUUUUAUAGAAAAUACUGUUUUAAAAAUACUCAAUUAUUAGUUAUUUAUAUAUUCAGACAAAAACAUUUAAGAAUCAUCAAUAAGCUGCAUAAGCAGACAUAUGCUGACAAUUCCUAAGAUGCUUGAAUGUGUACUUAAAUACCAUACAUGAGAAUUGAAUUUCCAGAUCUGUUAAUUUCCAUGUAUAAGUGUGUCUGGCCACUGGUAUGAGUCUCAUCUUUGAUAUUAUCACCUAGCUCUUUCUUAAUGUCUUUGUAGGCAUCUACAUCAGCUGCAAACUUUCUAAAAGUUAUUUAUGUAAGACAUAUUAACACAAAAUUAAGAGAAAAUGUAAGAAAGCGAGGAUACACAGGUGCUAAUAGAGACAUCAUUCCCUAAGUGAACAAAAUUGUUAAGUGAAAUAAGCAGGUUGUUGAACUCUGUGUAUAGGUAUAGUAUGUUCCUACUUAUGUACAAAAGGUUAUGUGUUUACCUGUUUCUCUGUGUGUGUGUGUAUGAAUGUGGAAAGGCUUUAUAUAUAUUUGUAUGUGAAUAGACUUGGUUCGAAAAAAUAUAGAAGAAACUUUAUAGUGGUUGUCAUGAGCACAGGAGUACCAGAAUGGGGGCUGGGAUGGGAGGGAGACCUCCUUUUUAUUGUAUACUGUUUGAAUUUUUAAAUAACGUACAUGUAUUAUUUUCACAAUUAAAAUCUUUUUUAAUAUGCACACAUCAGCACUGAUUAAAAUUUUCACUGAGAUCGCUC